AUGAUUGUUACGUAUUUAAUUCGAGGUGCAUCGGCAAUAAUAGUUUUAUUAGUAGUGAUCAAAAUAUUUUAUCAAUAUGUGCAAAUGAGGAUAAAGCUAUUUAAGCAUGGUACGAAAUUAAAAGGACCAACAGCAUGGCCAAUUGUUGGCAAUGCAUUUGAUUUUAUGGUACCCUCAAAUCAAAUGAUGUACAAAUGGAGUUCCUUGAAAAAAAUAUAUGGUAGCCCGUAUCGAUUAUGGGCUGGUUCACAGUUGAUAGUGUUUGUGACUGAACCAGAACAUGUGAAAACUGUUUUAAUGAGUACAAAAGUUAAAGACAAAGGAAGUACAUAUAAAUUUUUAACACCAUUUUUAGGGCAUGGUCUAUUUACGGGAUCAGGUGACCUUUGGAAAAUGCAAAGACAAGCUAUUUCACCAAUAUUCACACCAAAAAUGAUGACAGAAUAUAUGCCAAGUUUUUCAAGUCACUGUGAAUUAUUGAAUCGCAAAUUGCAAUCUAUCCCUAAUGGAAAAUUAAUUGAUAUAUAUGCGGAAAUUGCCCCAUUUACUUACGAUAUAGUUUGCGAAACAUUACUUGGUACUAAAGUUCGGUUUGCACAAAAUACAUGGAAAUCAGAAUUUUUCCAUUUGGCUGAAUUAGGAUAUGAAAUUGUUUUCGAAAGAAUGAUCAAAAGUCUUUAUCAAAGCGAUGUACUUUUUUACUUCAGCAAGCGAUAUAACGAUUAUGUAAAAAUACAGAAAUUAGUUGAUAAUUUUACUCGUACGAUUUUAAAAGACAAGCAAAGUGAUACACAAAAACCUUUUGAUACAUGCUUAGAUCGAAUAUUAAAGCAUGAUUUGACAGAGAAACAACAAAUGGACGCAACAUAUGUUAUAUUCACAGCGAGCCAAGAAUCCAUCACAACUAUUAUCAGCUUUGUGAUAUUAAUGUUAGCCAUUCAUCCUGAUAUACAACAAAAAGCACACGAAGAACUUGAUCGAGUUUUGGGUACAGAAGACGACGAAAUCCCUUUUACAAUUGAAUUACUAAACUCAUUAGAAUACUUAGACAUGUGCAUUAAAGAGGUAUUGCGAUUGUAUCCAAUUGGCCACAUAAUACAAAGAGAAUGCAAACAAGAUUUUCGUUUAAAUAAUGAUGUUGUUUUGCCAAGUGGCUGUUCAAUUGGUGUUGGAAUAUAUGCAAUGCAUAGAGAUCCAAAUAUUUGGCCAGAACCUGAUAAGUUUAUGCCAGAACGAUUUACACGAGAAGCAGUAUUAAAUAGACAUCCAUAUGCAUAUGUACCGUUCAGCGCAGGGCCAAUGAAUUGUAUUGGAAAAAUCUAUGCUGAUUUAUUGAUGAAAUCAGUAGCUGCAACUAUUUUACGAAAUAAUCGAUUCGAAUGUGAUUAUAAACGUGUAGAAGAAAUAACAUUAAAGACCGAUAUAUCAAUUCGUCCACAAAAAGGUUAUCCAGUUCGAAUAUAUUCAAGAUAA